AUGGGGCGUCUCCGCUUGCUCGUCCUCCCACUCUCCCUCCUCCUCCUCCUCGCCGCGGCCUGCUCCGACCAUGCGACCGUGCUGGCCGCCGAGGAGUUCACCUACAACGGCUUCGGCGGCGCGAACCUCGCGCUCGACGGCAUGUCCGUGGUGGCGCCGAACGGGCUCCUGGUGCUCAGCAACGGCACCAGCCAGAUGGCCGGCCACGCGUUCCACCCGGCGCCGGUCCGCCUGCGCGACGGCCCCGGCGGAGCCGUCCGGUCCUUCUCGGCGGCGUUCGUCUUCGCCAUCGUGUCCAACUUCACCGUGCUGAGCGACAACGGCAUGGCGUUCGUGGUGGCGCCCAGCACCAGGCUCUCCACCUUCAACGCCGGCCAGUACCUCGGCGUCCUCAACGUCACCGACAACGGCAAGGACGACAACCGCGUGCUCUUCGUCGAGCUCGACACCAUGCUCAACCCGGAGUUCCAGGACAUGAACAGCAACCACGUCGGCGUCAACGUCAACAGCAUGAGGUCGCUGCAGAACAACAGCGCCGGCUACUACGACGACGCCACGGGGGUGUUCAACAACCUCAGCCUCAUCAGCCGCCAGCCCAUGCAGUUCUGGGUCGACUACGACGGCGCCACCACAAGGCUCGACGUGACCAUGGCGCCCAUGGGCGUGCCCAGGCCGAGGAAGCCACUCAUCUCCGCGCCGGUCAACCUCUCGGCGGUCGGAACGGACACCGCCUAUGUCGGCUUCUCGGCGGCCACGGGCGUCAUCUUCACGCGCCACUACGUCCUGGGCUGGAGCUUCGCCAUGGGCGGCGCGGCCCCGCCGCUGGACACCUCGAAGCUGCCGUCGCUGCCGCGGUUCGGGCCCAAGCCCAGGUCGAAGGUGCUGGAGAUCGUGCUUCCGAUCGCCACCGCGGCGUUCGUCCUCGCGCUGCUCGUCGGCGUCUUCCUGUUCGUGCGGCGGCGGGUGAGGUACGCCGAGGUGCGCGAGGACUGGGAGGUGGAGUUCGGCCCGCACCGUUUCUCGUACAAGGAGCUCUACCACGCCACCAAGGGCUUCAAGAACAAGCAGCUGCUCGGCACCGGCGGGUUCGGGCGGGUGUACAAGGGCGUGCUCCCCAAGUCCAACCUCGAGAUCGCCGUGAAGAGGGUGUCGCACGACUCCAAGCAGGGGAUGAAGGAGUUCAUCGCGGAGGUCGUCAGCAUCGGCCACCUCCGGCACCGGAACCUCGUGCAGCUCCUGGGCUACUGCCGGCGCAAGGGCGAGCUCCUCCUCGUGUACGACUACAUGUCCAACGGCAGCCUCGACAAGUACCUCUACGACAAGACGAAGCCCGUCCUGGACUGGGAGCAGAGGUUCCACAUCAUCAAGGGCGUCGCCUCCGGCCUGCUGUACCUCCACGAGGACUGGGAGCAGAUCGUCAUCCACCGCGACAUCAAGGCGAGCAACGUGCUCCUCGACGGCGACAUGAAUGGCCGGCUCGGCGACUUCGGCCUCGCGAGGCUGUACGACCACGGCGUCGACCCCCAGACCACGCACGUCGUCGGCACCAUGGGCUACCUCGCCCCGGAGCUCGUGCGCACGGGGAAGGCCACCCCGGUCACCGACGUGUUCGCCUUCGGCGUGUUCGUGCUGGAGGUGACCUGCGGGCGCCGCCCGCUCGGGUGCAUCGCGCCCGACGAGCAGAACGUGCUGCUGGACUGGGUGCAGGAGCACGAGCGCAAGGGCGCGGGUCUCGACACGGUGGACCCGCGGCUCUGCGGCAAGUACGACGCCGACGAGGCCCGGCUGGCGAUCAGGCUGGGGCUCAUGUGCGCGCACCCGCUGCCCGACGCGCGCCCCGGGAUGCGGCAGGUGGUGCAGUACCUGGAGGGCGACGCCCCGAUGCCGGAGGUGGCGCCGACGUACGUGAGCUACACGAUGCUGGCGCUGAUGCAGAACGAGGGGUUCGACUCGUUCGCCAUGUCGUUCCCGUCCACGGUCACGUCCGGCGUCAGCCCCGUCUCCGGCGCGUUCUCGGACGUGUCCGGCCUCUCCGGCGGGAGGUGAUCGAUAGGGCGGUCGCUGUCGUAGUGACGAAAGAGCACUAGUUUUUGCGCGUCGUGGUGGCGACUUGACUUGGAAUUUCCUGUAACAUAGUUGUACCUCGAGUCGGUAAAACUCUAGCAGUACAGGUUUAGUACCGGUAAGAACUCCAAUAACCGUGAACAGUUUUAGCUUGAUGUAACCCUGGAAGUGCGACGUGCCAGGCAGGAGCGGAACAUUCAAACGUCAUGAGAAGCAUCAGCGUCACGGCAUCUAGAAAAGAGAAAUGGACAAACUUGGCUAUCAUAUCUGUU